GAGAAAUAGAAUUUUUUGUUUACAUUUUUUUCUGUUUUGAUUAAUUUGAUAUUCUCACAAUUAGAAUUGAGCUUUUGUUGUUUUAAUUGAUUGUUUUUCUUUUGAUGGUUAAUUGAAGAAACCAAUUCAAUCAUGGCCAUUGGAAAUGUUCUUCUAUUAACUCAGAUCGCGGGUUAUCUUGUUUCGUUUAUUUUAUCUUUUUGUGUUUUAAUUCCGUUGAUUGUAAAUAUGAAAAAUUUCAAAGGAAAUUGUUUACUUUAUACUUCGCGUUUUCUUGACACGGAGAUUUCACCUACAUGGGCCUCUUGUGGAUAUUGUACUUACACGGCAAUUCUAUCUGCAGCUAUCGUUCUAGUUUCCUUAGCACAAUUAAUCAGAAUGUCACAUUUCCUAAGAAAAGGUGUCGACAGUUCUUUCAUUUCAGCCUUUUGGGACACUGUUAUUGCUUUUGUAUUCGUUGGGUUGACCAUUCUUGAUGCUAUUUUUGUGACCAGUGGAUUUUCCCGAUGGUGUAGCUCAGUUUCACAGAGAUUCAGUUCAUGUGAAGCUGGACAAGGAAUUCUUCAUAUCACUCAAGAUAAUCAAGAAAUUAACACAACCAAUUUCUUUAUUCAAAUGGGAACUGUUCAGUUUGGUAUUUGGACAUUGUUCGUUUCUUGGGUUCUUCUAUUGGUUCUAGCUGGACGAAAGUUAUCCAUUUAUCAUGAACGAGAAAAUCUAAUCAUCAGUAUGUCAAGAGAUCGUCAACGUUACGCUUCUCAAGGUUACAACAAUUUAGAUAUUUAAUAAUAACAAUCAAAGAGUAAUUUGAUUUCAGUCAAAUAGGUUGUGAGGAUUAACUCAUUUCCAUCAAAUUGUUGAUCAUUG